CGGAUCCUUACUCCACUUAUUUAUGGGUAAGAGAUGAUCACUUUACCUGCAUUAAUGGGACAAUUUCGUUCAAAACCAUUCAAAUCUCCGACAGAGACAACUUCGUUGACGGCGGCAAGUUGCGAGAGUCUUGGAGAGAGGAGAUGAAGACGUCUCUCUGUCUAUUUCUCUUUGCGUCAUUUCAGUGUGAAGCGGAAGCCUCUCUCUCGUCCUUUUCCCAUCAAGUCAAGAGAUAAUAUCAACCCUGCUUGUUAACUGCGGAGCCAAGGAGGAUUCUACCUUCUUCAACAGUUUGAUGCCUCUUCUGCGCGUUUCUGGCCGAGUGAAUCGGUUCGCUUUGCGUUGCUCUCGCGAGCCCAUCUUGUUCACAGCGGCUAGGAAUUAAGGGUUGGAUUAGGUCAAAAGAUUGAGCUUUUGAUGACUAUGGGAAUCCCUGCGCUGGCGUUCCUCGUCUCCCUGACGGCGUCAAUUCCAUGGUGCUUCUGCGCAUUCACCCCUGCGGACAACUACCUGAUCGAUUGCGGGUCUCCGACCGACACCACCAUCGGAAGCAGGAGCUUUGUGGCCGAUUUAUCCCUGUCCUCCACGCUGACGACGCCGGAGAGCAUCUUGGCGAGCACCACUCGAAGCCCCGGAGCGUCUUCUCCCGCCUCAGCACUCUAUCAAACUGCCCGCGUCUUCACAGGGCCAUCCUCCUACUCCUUUUCGAUCAAGGCGCAAGGCAGACACUUCAUUCGCCUCUACUUCUUCCCAUUUGCGUACGGUAGUUACAACCUCACGGCCGCAGCUUUCACCGUAUCGACUCAAGAUUUGGCGCUUCUCAACAAUUUCCGCUCUAAUUCAUCCUCCAUGAAGGAAUUCUUAGUAAAUAUUGUUCGCGACACCCUCAUCCUCUCCUUUGCACCAUCAGGAAGAAGCAGUUCCCUGGCCUUUGUGAAUGCUAUAGAAGUAGUAUCAGCUCCGGAUGAUCUAAUUAUCGACCGUGCACAAACUGUUCGAAUGCAAUCUUAUCAGGGUUUAUCAGCACAAGCAUUCGAGACAAUUUAUCAUCUCAAUGUGGGUGGCCAAGAGCUCCUUCCAGAUGCUGAUGUUUGGUGGAGAAGUUGGGAUUCUGAUCUGAGGUUUUUGAUGGAUGCCACUUCAUCUGAAACAUCGAAUUUCUCCGGACGGCUUAAUUUUCUCGAAGGAGAAGCAACCGAAGAGAGUGCACCGAGUAUCGUAUAUGCCACCGCGAGGGAAUUGGUUUCGACCGAUACUUCUGAUACAAUGAUCAAUAUGACAUGGAAGCUCAAAGUUGAUGCCGGUUUUAGCUACUUGAUGAGGUUUCAUUUCUGUGACAUUGUAAGUCUUGCAGCUGAUGAGCUCUACUUUGAUGUCAGUGUGGGUAACUGGCACAUACUUACUGAUUUUGAUCUUUCCAGUAUCUUACAUCGAGAAUUGGCCGCGCCUUAUUUCGUAGAUUUUGUUAUAGAAGCUAGUGACACCCCGGACGAGCUUUCUAUCAGUGUUACUCCUUCAGCUUUAUCUGUUGUUCGCAAUGGCAUCCUUAAUGGCCUUGAGAUUUUGAAGAUGAACUUCUCUGUUGGCUCUGUGAUUGUUGUGCCGCCGCCUUUAUCUGGUUCAAAGAAGAACUCAGGCAUUUUGGCUGGCUCAGUCAUUGGAUCUGUUGCCAUUUUUGUUGUCACUAGUGUUGUUCUUCUCGUGGUGCUACGACGAAGGAAACCCCGCAGCAAGAAGUCUGUUGAUUCGAUCGGAACCGCCUUCUUUUCUGAGAAGAAUGGACAAUUCGGUUACCGCUUCCCGCUUGUUGAGCUACAAGGAGCAACAAAUAACUUCGACGAUAGUUUGCUGAUCGGAUUCGGUGGGUUUGGAAAAGUCUACAAAGGUGUGUUGAGCAACAGCACAAAGAUAGCAGUGAAGAGAGGGAAUUCAGUGCACAAACAAGGCCUGAAGGAGUUCCACACCGAAAUCGAAUUGCUAUCGCAAUUGCGCCAUCGCCAUCUAGUCUGCCUCAUCGGAUUCUGCGAUGAGAAGAACGAGAUGAUACUUGUUUACGAGUACAUGGAAAGUGGAACUCUCAAGAGACACCUCUAUGGUUUAGAUCUUCCUCCUCUUAGCUGGAAGCAGAGGCUGGAAAUCUGUAUCGGAGCAGGGAGAGGGAUUCAUUACCUCCAUACGAGUUCGACGGCGGCUAUCAUCCACCGCGAUGUGAAGUCCGCGAACAUUCUACUCGAUGAGAAUCUAUUGGCAAAAGUGUCAGACUUUGGAUUGUCGAGGACUGGACAGGAGUUGGAUCAGUCUCAUGUCAGCACUGAAGUGAAAGGCAGUUUUGGAUAUCUCGAUCCCGAGUACAUCAGAACGCAAAGACUAACCGAAAAAUCUGAUGUUUACUCUUUCGGUGUGGUUUUACUCGAAGUUCUUUGUGGUAGGCCGGCCAUUGAUCCCUCAUUGUCAAUGGAGGAUAUCAACUUGGCUGAAUGGGGAAUGAAGUGGCUGGAGAAAGGGGAGUUACAGAGGAUUGUGGAUCUGCGAAUCGCGGAGACAAUGAGUUCUGCAUCUCUGAGAAAAUUCGGAGAGACAAUCGAGCAUUGUCUGGCAGAUUGUGGCAUCGCGCGACCCACAAUGGCAGAAGUAGUAUGGAAUCUGGAGCACGCACUGAAGCUUCACUUGCAUGAUGCCGGUAUCUCCGAGAUCGAUAGCACAGUUCGCAUCGCUGAGACUUCGCCAAUGGUUCAAGGUAUCGAACCCGAUGGAGGUUUAUCUUUGCACAGUACCAAUGAGAUUGAAGAUGAAUCUAUUCUCUUCUCGCUUCGAGUUUGAUUCUG